AUGGACCUCCCGACGCCGCUCGCCGCCUCGCCCGCCCGCAGCGGCCCACAUGGCGGCAGCGGCCGCCUGCUGAGGGGCCCGGAAGAUGGCGGGCGCGGGGAGGCCCCCGAGGACGGCGGCGGCGGCGGCGGCGGCGGCGACUCCAUCGUGGUCGUCCUGGAAGUGGCGCUCGGCGCCGCCGCCGACGCCCCCGCACGCCCCGCGGCGGUGCCCGCCUACCGCUGCCCGGAGCCGCGGUGCGCGCUGGGCUUCGGCAAGAAGCAGCAGCUGAAGCUGCACCUGCUGACGCACGGCAGCGGCCCGGACCGGCGGCCGUUCAAGUGCGCGCUGGAGGGCUGCGGCUGGGCCUUCACCACGUCCUACAAGCUCAAGCGCCACCUGCAGUCGCACGACAAGCUCCGGCCGUUCUGCUGCCCGGCGGGCGGCUGCGGCAAGAAGUUCACCACCGUGUACAACCUCAAGACGCACAUGAAGGCCCACGAGCAGGAGAGCCAGUUCAAGUGCGACGUGUGCGCCGAGGGCUUCCCCACGCACGCCAGGCUCAGCGCCCACCAGCGCAGCCACUUCGAGCCCGAGCGCCCGUAUAAGUGCGACUUUCCGGGUAAAGGCGCCUGGCGGACCUGCGGCGGGGAGAAGCACAACGAUGACCGGAGGUUCCCCUGCCCCGUCGAAGGCUGCGGGAAGUCAUUCAGGAGAGCAGAACACCUGAAAGGCCACAGUGUAACCCACCUGGGCACAAAGCCAUUCAAGUGUCCCGUGGAAGGGUGCCGCGCCCGCUUCUCCGCCCGCAGCAGUCUGUACAUGCACUCCAAGAAGCACGAGCAGGCCGCUGAAGCUCCCAAAAGCUGCUGUCCCAGCUGCAACAGGCUCUUCCGCUCCAAGCACAGCAUGAAGGCGCACAUGGCCAGACAGCACUGCCAGCGCCAAGGUCUCUUACCUCAGCUGGAAGCUGCCAGUUCUCUCACGCCCAGCAGCGAACUGAGCGGCCCCGGCCAGAGCGAGCUCAUCAACCUGGACCUCUCGGCGCUCUUCUCCGACGCGCCCGCUGGCGGCGGGAGCUCCGCAGGCGGGUCGGACGAGGCCCCGAGCUCCGGAAUCCUGACCAUCGACAUCGCUUCCAUGAGCUCCUCUCUGGGAACGAGCGCUGCCGACGGUGGCUCCCCAGGGCAGGUGGACCCCCUGGUCCUGGUGGCCCACAGCGACAUCCCUCCGAGUCUGGACAGCCCUCUCGUUCUCGGGACAGCAGCCACCGCCGCCCUGCCGCAGGUCCGCGUCAGCGUGGAGGACGUCACCGUGAGCGCGGGCCCGCUGGGCUGUCUGGUGACUCUGCCUGAGCAGCACUUGGCUCAGGACCACCCGCCCGCGCCCUCCAGCGGUGACUUAGCAGCACACGCCACCGUGCCAACCUCCUCGGGCACCCCCGAAGCGCCUGCUCCGGGCGAGGUGGAGUGGGGCUCGCCUCCGGGCCCAGAAGCAGCCGGGCAGUGGGACGGAGACCGGGGGCUGCCCCAGGCUGCUUGGUCCGGCCCGGCGGAGGCGCAGGGCGCUCGGGACACGGAGCUCGGAGCGGGCACCGGCAGCCUCUACUUGCGGUGUGACGUUGGGAGCCCUGGCUUCUCUGAGUACAAAUGGUGUGUGGUGGAUGGGUCGCAGGUACGCCGCGAGCUGUCGAGGGCCGCUCUUUCUCUCUUUGUAGCGCUAAGUAUUGAGACGUCCUCC